AUGCUAUCGGCGAGCACGCAGAACGACGAGUGCAUGAGACCCAGUCCAGUGGUUCUCAACAAGUACCAUGAAAACGACAUCUCAAUGAAUGCUAGCCUCGCUGAAAAAAGUUCUAGCUCCAGUAAUGAAGAUACCAUCGCUUGUAAUGAAGACCCGUUUGAAGGUGUUUUGGUGUGGCCAAGGGUUAACGAGAACACCCAUGGAAAAAAACGACGUAAGCAGGAGCACGUUCCCUCCGUUGCCACAAGUGAUAGGUGGCUGCAAUGGUACAACAAAAAGGAUUCGGACAAGAAACAGGAAGAGCUUGCAAAGAAAGAUCGGAUUGAAAAACGAAAGUUGAUCAAACAGCAAAAAGAAGAGAAAAAAGAAGAACAAAGACUAGAGAAGAUCGAGAAAAAGAGGCUGAGGGAUGAAGAGAAGGAAUUGAGGCUGGCGAAUAAGGAAAAUGCAAAAAGAGCUAAGACUGUGAAACCGUCUAAACGCAAACAAAACUCCAAUGAUAAGAACAGCAAGCGUUUCCUCAAAAUCAACAUUGGUUAA